UCCUCCGUCUUGAAGGCCGUCCCAAAGCUUCUGAUCUCUGCUCCGAGGAGCCGUGGGUCCAACAGACCAUCCUUCACGGAAGGCUUUUAUCAGGGAGACACGGCCCUCUUGGAAUUGACGCAAGUGAACAAAAGGUGGAUGCAGAUGGGGGAACCGAGGUGACCCACGGAUGUCUGCCCCCUCCGGUGUUUAUGGGACCGAGGCCGUCACGUGACCAGUAGUUCCGCAUUGGGACGGGCGCACUGCCUACAUACGCAGGAAGCCUUGGCGUUUACCCAGCUAGCGAGCUAGCUUCGUGAAAAUGGCCGGCUGGGGAAGGGUCGCUGCUGUGUUGAGGAACGUUUUGCGGAGCCCUCGGGCUCCGAAAAGUUUAGCGCUUCGCCGUGCUGUCGGUCCCGGCAUUGUGGGCUCGGUAAUAGGGACCGGGCUUUUCUGUUAUUACCAGUAUCAAACAAACAACAGGACCCUGCCCUUCGCCGUUCACGCUGAGGAACAGAAGGAAGCUGCAGCUCCUCAGAUGUCCGCCAGAAAGAUCCGUUUCAUCAAGUUCGCCUCUAUGGUCUACGAACAGGAACCCUACAUGACCCCGAGAGACUUCCUGUACUCCGCUAUGCUGGAGAAUGUGGACCGAAAGCUGCAGAAGAGAAUUCUAACAACACAGGAUGUUAAUGAGAUGUUGGUUGCUGCCUCUAAGGCUCAGGCUGGUAAUGAUCUGUUCAGAACCUUAGGAGACAAUGGUUUGAUAUCCUACACAGAGUACCUGUUCCUGCUUACUAUCCUUACCAAGCCACGCACUGGAUUUCAUAUAGCUUUCAAAAUGCUCGAUGUUGACGGCAAUGAGCAUGUGGACAAAAAGGAAUUUCUCAAGCUCAAGAAAAUCAUUGGGAAAAGUAAAAGGAGAGUUCCUAUGGACAGCACAGAGAAACCAGUAGAGGAAGGCGAAGUUGCGAACACGACACUACAGGCCUACUUCUUUGGGAAGAAAGGAGAAAACAAGUUGCAGUAUCAAGAGUUCCGCAGGUUCAUGGAGGAUCUGCAGGCUGAAGUCCAGGAGAUGGAGUUCCUGCAGUUCUCCAAAGGUAUGGAAACCAUGCGAAGAGAAGACUUUGCAGAGUGGCUGUUACACUACACCAACGAAGAAGACAAUGAAGUCUACUGGGAAAACAUGAGGAAGAAGAUCCCAGCUGGCCAGAGUAUCACAUUUGAUGAGUUCAAGGUCUUCUGCCUGUUCACCAACAAUCUGGAAGAUUUUGCCUUUUCCAUGAAAAUGGUCACUGAAGCCAACCGUCCUGUUGGAAUGGCCCAGUUUAAACGCGCUGUGAGGAUCGCCACAGGCCAUGAUCUGUCUGAGAAUGUGCUGGAUACUGUAUUUAAACUCUUUGAUAUGGAUGGAGACAACUGUCUGAGCCAUAAGGAAUUCAUUGGGGUGAUGAAAGACAGAGUACUACGAGGUCUGAGGGUGCAGCCUCAGAACGGCUUCUCCGGCUUCUGGAAGUGUGUGAAGCAAGAGACUCUGAAGGGAGCUCAGGAGGCCCUGGGAGACACCGGGUGCCCCAUUUGAACCACCGUGAUAUUUCAGGAGACGUCUGAUAGAUCAUCACUCGCACCACUGCUCAGCUUGGUAUCUUAUAAGUAAACAAAAAAAAAGUGGUGUGAACAAGAUUAUAUCUGUAAUCACAUGUAAAGAAACUAAGGGUUUACACCACUGUCUUAUCUAUAAAUGAUGUGUUUACAGUGCAACAAAUCUGUUGUCGAUGUCAGCUUCCUUAGCUAACUGUGGGUCUGGCUGGGGUGUUUACAAUGUUCUUAAUCAAGUCAUUCAUGUUUUAUUCGGAGUAGUUGAUGAAUUUCAAAUUAAUUUUGCACUUUACACACGUUGGCACUCACGAGCAGUGCGUUUACAAAACUUGUUAACUGUGGUUCAAGGCAUAGAUGCUAGUUCUGUUCACAUUGACACAUUUACAAUUUCAAGGGCUUUUUUAAUACCUGGUGUGUGUUUUUUUUUUUUGUUUUUG